AUGAUUAGAACCAACAAGAAAUGGCAAACAUCUCACACUCUAAUUAAGUUCAUAUUCUCCAUCAUUUUCCUCAUCUCCACCGCGACGGCUGCCACAUUCGAUAUCCUUAACCGAUGUAGCUACACCGUGUGGGCCGCCGCUAGCCCCGGAGGUGGCCGGCAUCUAAAUCCCGGCCAGUCAUGGAGGCUAGAUGUCGCUGCCGGGACAAAAAUGGCGCGUAUUUGGGGUCGGACCAACUGUAACUUUGACUCCUCGGGCCGUGGCCGAUGCGAAACCGGUGAUUGCAAUGGUGGACUUCAAUGUACUGGUUGGGGCCAGCCUCCAAACACGUUGGCUGAGUACGCUUUGAACCAAUACAAUAACUUAGACUUCUACGACAUCUCACUUGUCGAUGGAUUUAACAUUCCAAUGAGUUUAGCCCAACAAGCUCGAAUUGCCACCGCAUACUAUGCAAUGCGGACAUAAAAGGCCAGUGCCCGAACGAAUUGAGCCCCGGGCGGUUGCAACAACCCGUGCACAGUUUAUAAGACGAACCAGUACUGCUGUACAAACGGGCAAGGUUCAUGUAGCAGCACUGGGUUCUCAA